GUCAAAUUUUCACAUUCUGCCAUUUCGGACCGAUUGCAAUUGUACUGCGCCAGAAAAUCGUCUAUUUUUCUGUAUCGCCGCAAACUCGUUUCCCGCAGAAUCCGAAAUGGCUGAUCUUGGUGCUCCAGUCCGCGUAUCCCCACUGAUCCGGUUUGGCCGUUGGUCGUUCCUGGUCGUCGGAGUUGCCUACGGUGCGUACCAUCAGCAGCGCCUGGCUAAGCGUGAGGUUGGCAUUCGCGAAAUCGAAGCACAACAGAAGGUUAUCCGUGACGCUAAGCUGGCCGAGGAGAAGAAGCGAAACCAGGAAGCCGAAGCUAAGGCCAUCGCUGAGCUGUCCAUGCCAACCAAGAAGUAAACAGCGAAAGGAUGAAUCUGCUUCCGUUCUAAGGCACGUACCAUCUUGUGUCCUGUGUUAAUGCUGCAGUACUGGGAUGAUGAAUAAAUUCUUUCAUAGGAAGUAAAACAAACAACCACCAUCCCGCGUCGUAACUUUUCGUGACGGCCCACGCCGGGUCGGAUACUGUGCGGAUGUACCGUGUGUGUUCAGCUCACCGGAAUCGUUGGAAUUUCGUUUAAUGAAAGAAUCAACGGCAAUGCAGUACAGAAGGGUCUGGGGGAUAAAAAGCAUCAUCCUGUUCAUUUAGAGAAGUAGAAUAUAAAUCGAAUGGUAUCUGA